AGCAGGGGGUGAUUACUUAGGUAGUAGGUCGCAUCUCCCGCCCGCCUCAAGGCAACUUCCAUCUGCCACCAACCCCCGUAUCCCGGCAAGAGAACGGUUGCCACACCUUCGUGCGCUGACGUCGGCCUGCCUGGCUAGCUGCGAGCUUCCCAUAGGCUAACCUUGCAUAGUAGUCCGUCCACCUUGCUAGGCAGUGGUAAUUGCUCAGCCUCAAGCCUGCCGCCCAUUCAUCCAUGUUUGAGCAUCGUGAUCAUCCUGACCCAUUUACUCCGCAUUGUUUCACGCCUCAUUGUCAUUAUCCCCUUGCUGUAACUAUUCCCUUUAGAAGACACCUUUCUACAUCCAUACGCACUGCUGCCUCCAUCCAGCCCGUCACUUUGUGCGACAAACAGCAUCCUAUCUUUCAAACCCAUUGAAGACGAAACGUUCCUUUCCAUCUCAAAGUCGACUGCGUGCGACGCCAAGACACAAUGGCUUCCGCGCCGUUCAAGGUCAAGGCUGUCUUUGAAUACACGUCGAGCCAUGAAGACGACCUCCCUUUUCAGAUUGGCCAGAUAAUCACAGUCACUGAUCAAGAGGACAUUGAGUGGUAUGGGGGUGAAUAUGUCGACGACUCGGGUGUGAAGAAAGAAGGGAUUUUCCCUCGCAAUUUCGUCGAGAAAUUCGAACCUACCGCUCCGCCGCGCCCGAUUCGAGCCCGGAAGAAGGACCCAGAGCUGGCCCCUGUUGCUCCUGCUGCUCCUCCUUCCCCGCCGCCUGCCGUCGCCGCGUCUCCUGAAGAGCAACAGGUCGACCCUCCAGAGUUACCAUCGGCAGACGCUCGUGAGGAGAUAUCAGCACCUGUGACCGAACCACCACCAGUCGAGCAAUCCCAUCCACCUGAGGCACCGUCUGUUCCUGUUGCAAACCCACCCGAGAUUGCACCUGUGCCAGCAUUGGCGCCUAUCGAGUCUAAGAACGUUGACUUAGUGGGCUCCUCGGGUGUUGAUGCUCCUCCUAAAUCGAAAUCUCCACCUCCAGCUCAGGCUCGUUCUCCACCGCCGGUAGUGCAGAAACCCAAGAGUAACGCUUUCAAAGAUCGCAUUGCGGCUUUUAAUAGACCUGCUGCCCCACCGAUAGCUCCUUUCAAGCCCAGUGGACUUGGUUCUGGCUCUUCUGGCUUCGUCAAAAAGCCCUUCGUCGCGCCACCGCCAAGUAGAAACGCAUACGUCCCUCCGCCGCGAGAUGCUCCCGCUCCUAAGAUUUAUCGUAGAGAGGAGGAUCCCGAUAUUACUGGGACACGAGGCGAGUCCGUUGAUGCUAUAGAGAAAGUUACACCCAUUUCUGUUCUCCCUGGAAACUCCGAUUCUCAAAAUGAAGACCAACCCAAGCCCACCACUUUGAAAGAAAGAAUUGCACUCCUUCAAAAACAACAGGCCGAGGCUGCUCAAGCCAUCGCCAAGAAGGAAAAGCCUGUGCGGCCGCCAAAGAAGCGUCUAGAGAGUAAUGGUCCACAGGAGGCGACUGCAGCAACACAGGCGACAGAAGCACCACCACCUCCACUAGGUCGUCAAGACUCAGCCGACAUUAAUAGUAAGAAUUCCAUGGAUGAGUCCCACUCCACUAGGCAAUCUUUAAAUAUCAAUCGCGCGCCUACAGAUCCUAUUGAAAAAGAAGGGAAUGGAGUGGACAAGCUGGGGGCUGGCGACACCACGGAAGGUCAAGAAACCCCUAGUGAACAUAAGGUUAAUGAUGAGAAACUUAAAUCAACCUCGCGUGAAGAUACGGCCCCGGAAGGACAAGCCAUGGAAGAAGAUGAAGAAGAAGAGGAGGAGGAUGUGGACCCCGAAGUCAGACGGAAAGAAGAGCUUCGUGCACGUAUGGCGAAGAUGAGCGGUGGCAUGGGCAUGGCGGGCAUGUUCGGCCCGCCAGGUAUGAUGGGUAUAGGAGGUGGUAUUCCCGUGAAGAAACCUAAACCUUCUCUCCCAGCAGAGCGACGUCCUAGCGGUUUGUCUGAAGGGCCAUCCUCUCCAAGGGCAACGGCGCCCCCUAUUCCUACAAUGAUGGCACUACCGGGAAUGGCUAAGCUAAAAGGGCCAGAAGAAGCUCUUGAAUCCGAGUCAAAGCAGGAGCCAAUCGAAGAGGAGGCCAUCCCAGGCGAGACAGGGGAUGGAUCUAGUCCAGCGCCUGACACAUCUCAAUCGACUGGCGCUCCACCGGUUCCUGAAGGACGCCCAGCACCACCUCCUAUCCCUACAGAAUCCCGGCCACCACCACCACCACCGCCACCAGCUGCUGUUGUUUCACCUAGUGUUGGUUCAGAAUCUGAUGAUGAGUUGUCUGAGCAUACUUCGAAACCACUGGAUACUUCUAAAGCUGAAAUAUCCCCAACAAAUCGUGGGCUACCGCCAGUACCUAUGGCAUCGCCUCCCUUACCAACGUCGCCUCGUUUUUCGAGUGAUAGUCGAAACGAGGAGACAUCUCCAGUGUCACCAGGCUUUUCCACACAACAAAGUAAAAGGAAUAGCCGGCCGCCUCCGCCAAUCCCUGGCGUUGCUCCUCUUGCACCCAUGCAGACAAGACCACCACCGCCUCUCCCUCCUACUUCGCUUAGUCGCGCCUCUACCGGCGACGAGCUGGCCGGAGUUCCGUUGAAGCCUAGUCGGCAAGAUAAUGGUGGUGAAGAAGAGGGUACGGAAUACGAAGCCGAUUAUGACACUGAUAUCGCAUCUUCCGCGCAUAAUAAAGAUGCCUUGAAAGCUCAUGCAGCAGACCCAGGCUAUGACGACAAUUCUUCGGUGCGCUCUCCAACUACUGAACAUCCACCCACGAUUCCGUCUCCUAUUCCUAGCAGCACUGCACCUAGGACCGGACCGCCUCCAAUUCCCAGGAGUUCGCUAGAUUUUCCUCAAGCUAGUCCUCCUCCAAUCCCUAGUCAGCCUGCUCCACGUUCAAGAGUUUCGAUAGACAGUCCUCGAGCUGCUCCGCCACCGCCUCCCCCUAAAGCGACAACAUACACAUAUGAUGAUGAUGAUGAUGAGUACGACCCGUAUAAUUACAAUUCUGCGCAGACUCCUCCUCUCCCAUCUCAUAAUAGUCCAAUGCGUGAAGGGACGGGAGAAAUUGCGCCUCAUCAAGCUCCUCCUCCUCCGCCGCCGCCGCCGCCGCCAUCAUCCACUGCAGACCGCCGAGCACCCCCUACGCCAACUAGCUCAAGAGCACCUCCUAGAAAGUCUGUAGACAUACUUCGACCCUCUGUCGGCAAACGAUCUAUGGACGCAGCUCGUCACUCUGUUUCGUUAGAAACUGGGUUUAUGGCAAACGAAGUUGACCUAUCUGCUCAUACACAGUGGUGGCUCUCGCGCAAUGGAGUUCCACCUGCGUUCCAAGGACGAAAGGAUGUCUAUACCGAGACAAACGAGUCAAAUUCUACAGAAAAUGGGCGAAAUUUCGUAACAAAGGAAGUCUCGAUUCUAUUUCAGGACUACUCGCAGACGAUUGUUGCUGUUCGAUUUGACCCUAAUGAUCCUUCUCAAACUGAACUAGACCAGCGACAAGAACCCCCUCCCCGAGCGUUACGACAGGAUGAGUUAGAAGAGGCAUACGAGAGAUUUGGGCGGCGACUCGCUCAUGCAGUAGCCUCGAAGAAAGACUCAGUUGUUGGUGAUGGAACACCAUAUGCCCUUGUUUAUGAGCUUCUUCGGCCUCUCAAUGAGGCUCUCUUACCCGUUGGCAGUCGUGCAUAUGGCGCACUAGUGUAUGCCAACCUGGCCAAUGCAGCAACGCAACUAAAUGACGAGAUCAGGCCUGGUGAUAUCAUCUCCAUACGCAAUGCCAAAUUUCAAGGGAAGCAUGGGCCGAUGCACGCCAAAUAUACAAUGGAAGUUGGCAAACCGGACCACGUGGCAAUUGUCGCCGAAUGGGAUGGCACAAAAAAGAAGGUGCGUGCAUGGGAGCAGGGCCGGGAAAACAAGAAAGUCAAGCAAGAGAGCUACAAACUUGAAGACUUGAGGAGUGGCGAGGUCAAAAUCUGGCGAGUGAUGCCACGGACCUGGGUUGGCUGGGCUUCGAAUGACUAGGAUUUUGGAAUAAUGCUAGCUUAUGAUUCCGUAUGGCCUAUCUUCCUACGCGUAGGAAGAGACAGGGGCAUCAGCGCUGAAGAGAACAGCUUUAGCAGAGAAAACUUUGAUCACCACAGGUCCAGCCUUUGCAGAUAGUAAAGGGGGGCUGGAUACGCCCACGGAUCGAUCACUGUAUGUUGAAAUAUUAAGUAAUAGUUCUUUUAGCUCAGUGUACUAUUCAUAGGGGCCUGAAGAAAUGGAAUAAAUUAUCAUUCUCG